GCAUGUUACUGCCAACAUUUUAGUGUAUUUGUUUUCUUACAGUGUUGAGUUGGGACAUGAGACUCAAGUUGACAGCGAGACACACGGGUGUGGGGCUUAGAUUCCUAAUAUAAUAAUAUUAUACUGCUUUUAAUAAACAGAAAGUGUUGUCUGAAAUAGCUUUAGAUCAUCACACAUACUCCCUCCUAACCCUUUCCUAAAUUUCCUCUAACUUCUCUUCACUUUUGUUUCCAGCGGAGCACUGCCUCUUUCCCUGUCUUCCACUUCCAUAUUCUUUCCCCUUCACACUUGUCUUUCUCGGGGUUUCACCUUUCCUAACAUUUCUGGCCAAGUUUCUUUUUUUCUGUUCCUUUUCCCUUUUUUCCCUCAUGAAUUUGAUGUUUCAUGAGGCUGCUCGUUGUGGAACUUGUUAUGACUUUUGGUGAUCAACUCCAUUUCAGCAACUUUCUAGAAUUGAAAUAAAGAGAUGAUUUUGUUAUGGAUUUUGAGGUGAUUUCUGGGUGAUUAUAAGACUUUGGACACGUGGGCAGCCCUUAUUUGAUGUCUUAGGUGCACUGUUUUUGGAGUAUUGGCGGUGCAAGGCGGGUAAAUAUGAAAAUUAUUUCAGGUUUAAUCUCUUUGGACGUUUCUGCUGCUAAUUUUUGGUAGCUUAAAGUUUUCUCUUUUUUUAAUUGUAGUGGAAUUUUGUUUAAUUUCUGUAAAUGUGUUUAAUUCAACUGGAAUCUUGCAACUUACAUUUUUGGGAAUUUUUGAGUUGAUGAAUGGAGGCUAAAUUUGGAGGCAAGCCUCAUCAAUUUUAUGGUCCAAUGGUAUCUGAUUUGAAAGCAGUUGAAAAAAAUAGUGUAGAAUGGGAUUUGAAUAACUGGAAAUGGGACGGUGACCUUUUUACAGCGACUCCAUUAAAUUCUGUGCCAUCAGAUUGUAGGAGUAGGCAAUUGUGUGCUGUUGAACCUGAGGCUCCGGUAACUGCUGGUCCUCCACAUGGUUCAUCUUCUUGUUCAGAACAUAACAAUCUAGGCUAUGAGAAAGGAAAGAGGGAAUCGCAGAAAAGGAGGAUUGAGGUUGUUGAUGAUGAUGAGGUAAAUCGUGAUGCUGCUGCCCUUAAUUUAACGCUUGGAGGGCAAGUUUACCCUAUCAUGAAUGACGAAGCAAAGUGUGGGAAGAAGCCUAAGGUUACUGGAACUACUUCUAGUCAUGCAGUUUGUCAGGUGGAGGACUGUAGGACUGAUCUUAGCAAUGCCAAAGAUUAUCAUCGACGGCAUAGAGUUUGUGAUAUGCAUUCUAAGGCCAGUAAAGCACUGGUGGGAAAUGUUAUGCAGCGGUUCUGUCAACAGUGUAGCAGGUUUCAUGUUCUUCAAGAGUUUGAUGACGGGAAGAGGAGCUGUCGACGACGUUUGGCUGGCCAUAACAGACGUAGGAGGAAGACAAAUCCUGAUAAUGAAAGGAGUAGUAGUUAUUUGUUAAUAAGUCUUCUGAGGAUUCUCUCUAAUAUGCAUUCUAACAACUCUGAUCAAACUAAGGAUCAAGAUCUGCUUUCUCAACUGUUGAGGAGCCUGGCGAGUCUAACUGGUUCAACUAUUGGAAGAAACAUAUCUGGAUUACCACAAGGUUCUCAAGGUGUAGUGAAUGCUGGGGCAUCUCUUGGGAAUCUUGAAAAGGUGACUGAUGUGGUUUCUAAUGGUACUGAACGUGCUACGCCUUCUGGUUCAGCCUCUAAAAUAGAUGGCUGUGCUAAUGUCCCAGAUAGGCAGGGGCCUAUGGGUCAUUGUGGGACUCUACCUGCUUCCGAUUUGGCACAGAAAAGAGCUAAUGAUGAUGUUCAGGAUGGAAGUUUGUCUGAUUCACCAUCCAAAAUACUGAUUCCAUCAGGAGCCAGCUUUCCAUUCAGAGCAAAUGAACCAGAGGCAACAGUCGGGAGGAUCAGAAUGAAUAACAUAGACUUGAAUAAUGUUUAUAAUGAUUCACAGGACUAUGUGGAUAACUUAGAAAGAGCUCUGGUCCUUAAAAACCCUGUAAAUGGGUCUUUGCAUAGCUCUGUGUGUUUGUCAGAAUCACACAAGUCAAGUCCACAUCAACAGAGUGGGAACUCAGAUUCAACCUCUGGCCAAUCACCAUGUACUUCUAGUGGAGAGGCUCAGAGUUGCACUAAUCGCAUUGUUUUUAAGCUCUUUGGAAAGGACCCAAAUAAUUUUCCUAUUGCUCUGCGUAGACAGAUCCUUGACUGGCUAUCCCACAGCCCUACGGACAUCGAAAGCUACAUAAGACCUGGCUGUAUAAUAUUAACAAUAUACCUUCGGUUAGGGGAGUCUGCAUGGGAAGAGCUAUUCUGUGAUCUGGGUUCCAGUUUGAGAAGGCUAGUUGAUAUGUCCAACGAUUCUUUCUGGAAAACAGGAUGGGUGUAUGCUAGGGUUCAGCACUCUGUUGCAUUUAUUUAUAAUGGUAGGGUCCUAUUGGACACCACUUUACCUCUAAAAAGUGACAAAAACUGCAGGAUCUCAAGCAUUAAACCGAUUGCUGUGUCUGUAACAGAGGGAGCUCAAUUUUUAGUUAAAGGCUUUAACCUUAAUCAGUCAGGCACGAGGUUACUCUGUGCAAUCGAAGGAAAAUAUCUGGUGCAGGAAAGUUGUUGUAACUUGAUGGAGGUUGUUGAUCCGGUCAAUGAACAUGAUGAACUCCAAUACCUUAGCUUCCAUUGUUCUAUACCAAAUGUUUCUGGGAGAGGAUUUAUUGAGGUUGAAGGCCAUGGACUCAGCAGUACCUUUUUUCCAUUCAUAGUUGCAGAGCAAGAAGUGUGUUCUGAGAUCUGUACUCUGGAGGGUGUGAUAGAGACAGCUGUACCUACUGUUGACAUUAACAAAGAUGUGGAGAAAAUGGAAACCAAGAAUCAAGCACUGGACUUUAUACAUGAAAUGGGAUGGCUUCUUCACAGAAAUCACUUGAGUUGGAGACUGGGUCACUUGAACCCCAAUUCAUAUCUCUUUCCUUUCAGGCGGUUCAAGUGGCUUAUGGAAUUCUCCAUGGACCAUGACUGGUGUGCCGUAGUGAAGAAACUUCUGGGCAUUCUCUUUGAUGGAACAAUUGAUUUGAGGGACCAUAGUUCUAUUGAGUUUGCUUUGUUGGAUAUGUGUCUGCUCCACAGAGCUGUCCAAAGAAACUGCAGGCCCAUGGUAGAAUUACUAUUAAGAUAUGUCCCAGAUAAAGUAUUGGAUAAGUCAGGAUCUGAGAAGCCAAAAGUGGAUGGAAACAACUAUGGGUUCAUGUUCAAGCCAAAUGUUGCCGGGCCUGCUGGGUUGACUCCUCUUCACGUGGCAGCUAGUAGGGGAGGCUCUGAGAAUGUGUUAGAUGCAUUAACUGAAGAUCCUGGAUCGGCAGCAAUUGAAGCCUGGAGAAGUGCCCGGGACAGCACGGGUCUUACACCUAAUGAUUAUGCAUGCCUUCGAGGUCACUACUCCUACAUCCACCUGGUUCAGAGAAAAAUCAACAAAAAAUCAGAAUGUGGACAUGUGGUGCUGGAUAUCCCCCGAACCAUGUUAGACUCCAAUUCCAAGCAGAAACUAUCAGAUGGGACCAGAUUGGAAAAAGCAGCUAGUCUGGAGACGGAAAAUAUAAAGAUGAAAACCAGGCGCCAGUGUUGCAAGGCAUGUGAACAAAAGCUGGCUAAUAGAAACAGCAGAACAUCCCCGGUAUAUAGGCCAGCAAUGCUCUCGAUGGUGGCAAUUGCUGCCGUCUGUGUGUGCAUGGCUUUGCUCUUCAAAAGCUCUCCUGAAGUUCUUGACGUAUCCCGACCAUUCAGAUGGGAACUGCUGAAGUAUGGGUCUAGCUAAGGUAGUUAUGAUAUCAGUUACCGGCUACAGGCUGGAACAUGUUUGCAGUCUUUUCUUUUAUUCUCAGAAACAAGGCUGAGUUGUAUGGAUAUAUCUAUGUGGAAAAUACACCAUAUAAUUUACUUAUGAUAGUUCACUUCAAAUAUAUAUAUAUAUACAUACACACAAACACAUACAAGACUAGGAUUCCUGAAAUAUUGAGGAAGUUACGAUGCUUGGGCUUCUUCCCAAUGUGGCCGAGCAAGAGCUGGUGAAGGUGUCUUUUCAAGCUGCUAUUUCCUAGAGCAAGUUUUUCUUUUUGUUUAUUUAUUUUUAUUUUUAUCCAGAAAGAAGCAAGUAUGAUGAAAAAAAAAAAAAAAAAGAUUGGGCAUUAAGGAUGCUGGCAAUCCUCUCGCAAGUGACGGUUGUAAAUGUGCAUUUUUCCCAUUGUAACAAACACAAGGAAGUACUAUUUUAAAGAAUAAGACCUCGAGAAAAUAGAAGUAUAAUUAAAGAAGCUCUUUCUUUUAUGUUUAAAAAAAUAGAAAAAUAACGGCGUCCUGCAAAGAUGUUUGCAUGCUUUCAUUUCUUUUCUUUUUUUUAAAGAUUCUUUCUGUUCUUGGAAAAGAGAUUUUUAACCGUACUAAAAUUGUGUGGACAAUGAACAUCAUCCUGAGUGGAGCAACGACCGAGAUUUUGUGAUUGGAAUAGUGACCUUAGUGUUAGGAAAUAUCACAAUACUUACGUGCAG